AUGUUGAAGAAAUUAUACGCGUGGUGGGUGCAGAAGAGCCAGCGGGAUCUGCUGCUCGAAGCUGUGAGCGAUGCGCGCCUGUUCGAGGAGUGGGAGGCUGCUGCGUAUAAGCUGGACGAGGUGCUCGACUACGACAUGUGGCGACAGACUGCCAUAAGCAAGGACUACGACCAUCGCCUCAUCCAUCAGCGCCUCUCCGCCAUUUACGAAGCUCAGGAGGAUAACGACAUUCUCGGCCUCAUAAACCUCCUUCGCAGCGGUCUCGUCCGCAACCUCGGCAAUAUAACCGCGUCGAACCUGUACAAUCGCGCAUACGCAGGCACGAAGCUGCUGAUCGAAGACUAUGUCACCCAAGUCGCGUACGCCAUCGAGAACCUCACCCAAUACCCUACAUCGAGAAACUCGGAUAAUGGCUUAACAAACCAGGCGAAGCUGGAUGUUCUCCAUGACACAAGGCAGGCGUUUGGCAGAUCUGUCUUGGUGCUGCAGGGCGGACAGGUCUUUGGCAUGUGUCAUCUUGGUGUUGUGAAGGCGCUCCAUUUACGUGGAUUGCUACCACGAAUCAUAGCCGGGACUGCCACAGGUGCUCUGAUAGCCGCGCUGGUGGGCGUGCAUACCGAAGAUGAGCUACUAGAGUUCCUCACAGGCAACACGAUCGACUUGACAGCAUUCACCAAUCGUCCUUAUAGGAAAGGCGCUGGGGGAACUGCAUGGAUAGGGACGCUCAUACGUCGUGCUAAAAGAUGGUGGAAAGAAGGGCAUUUCUUGGAUGUCGGUGUCCUGGAAGAUGUCCUGAGGGCGAACGUGGGUGAUCUGACGUUCGAAGAAGCAUACACCAGAACAAAGAGGGUGUUGAAUAUCACCGUCACAACUACUAGUGGUGGAGGCAUACCGAACCUUCUGAACUACCUUACUGCUCCCAACGUUCUCAUCUGGUCUGCAGCACUUGCCUCCAACGCCACGGCCUCCUCGACCCUAUACCAUUCCGUAACAAUGAUGUGCAAAGACGAGGAAGGCAACAUCGUGCCUUGGUCUCCAGCUUCGAAAACCACCUUCCGUCCUUACACACACGCUUCGUACCGAGACCGCGAAUCCCCGCUCCAUCGCAUCGGCGAACUCUUCAACGUAAACCACUUCAUCGUCUCGCAAGCCCGACCAUACCUCGCACCUUUCCUACGCUCAGACUCACACCAUCCGAAUCCCAAACAAGACGGACGUUGGCGCCUCAGCAUGCCUGUACUGCGUCUCGUAGUCCUAGAGAUACAGCACAGAUUACAACAAAUGGAUGAACUGGGUCUACUCCCCCCUUCCAUCCGUCGUUUCCUCCUAGACGAAAACAUCCCAGGCCCAAGUCUCACGCUGGUACCUGAACUCACACCCAGCGACUUCUUCAAGCUGCUCGAGAACCCUACGAAAGAGGCGAUCGACUACUGGAUACUGAAGGGAGAAAGGAGUGUAUGGCCAGCAGUGACGGCACUCAAGAUUAGAUGUGCGAUUGAAGUUGAAUUGGAUAGGGGAUACCAGCUUGUUAGGAGGAGGAAGCCUUUUGAUCCUGUUCUACCUGCAGGUACUGGGGGCUUGAAGAAGAGUGGGAGUAGAGGGGAGGUGCAGACUGGACACGGUUUUGGGGAUGAGAAUAGAGAAAGAGAGAGGAGGCAUAGAGCGAGGGCUGCGAGCUUUGGUGGAAAUGGAUUUUGA